GGUAUUCGCGAUAGUCGUAGCAACAAGUCGUGCGCCGUAAAGAGCUAUUUGUGUGAAUCGCGAGUGAGAGGCAGCUCAGCAGCCAUUUUUGCCAAAACAAACCGCACUUGGGUGCUUGAUAUCUUAACCAUACGCAUAGCUAUCGGUAAGCAUCUUGUGGCCUGCUGUGAUUCGUUCUGGGACUUGUUGUACAGGGUACUAGUGUCAAGAACGUUUUAUCGGAUAUUCGCUACUGAGCUAAUAGCCAAAGCUUACGCCCUACAGUUACCAUGGAGAGCAGCGGCCCCUCCCCGACAGCGUUGAACAACUUCCGCGUGGUGUACUUGAUAACGCAAAUGGUGGGCGCUUCGAUCGUCAUUCUAACGGGCUCCUGGGUCGGAGUUCACCUCGGGGGCCUCUCGUGGACAUCGAAUCCAGCCGUCCAGUUCAACUGGCACCCGCUGCUGAUGUCCAUCGGAAUGAUUUUCCUAUACGGAAAUUCCAUUCUAGUCUAUCGUGGAUUCCGUUACGCUCGCAAGAAGCCGCUCAAAGUCACCCACGCUGCCAUUCACGGACUGGCGUUCGUCUUCACGGUCAUCGCUUUGGUGGCGGCAUUCGAUUCACACAACCUGGCCAAGGUUCCGAUACCGAACAUGUACACACUGCACUCGUGGGUCGGAAUGGCCGCGGUGGUCCUCUUCGGACUGCAGUAUCUGUUCGGGUUCGUGUCCUAUCUGUUCCCGGGAGUGCGCGAAUCGCUGCGGGCCACCUACAUGCCCGUUCACGUGUUCUUCGGAGUGCUGGGAUUUGUGCUGGCUAUUGCGGCUUCGUUGCUGGGGCUUUUGGAGAAGGCGAUUUUUUCGAUGCCCGACUAUCGGUACCUACCACCUCAGGGAGUCCUGGUGAAUAUGAUCGGAUUGCUGCUGGUCGUAUACGGUGGAUUGGUAGUAUUUCUGGUGACUGAUCCAAUGUACAAACGCAAAGCACUGCCGGAAGAUGCAAUGCUGCUGACUCACAGUCCGUCAUCGCAAUAAGCAGCAAAAGUGCUUUCUUCAAUCCUAUCCAAGAUGUCUACAAGAGAAUCUUGAUGACAUGGUCCUACCUAUCUUAAAGAAUAUCACUAUACAGUGUUAACUUAUAUGUUAUGUGUUAAAGUCUGACUAUGUGAGGUGCAAUCGUACUUAAAGUAUACUUAUCCAUGUUGCUACAAAUAAAAGUGAUUUUAAAAUAUAAGUUUGUUCAAACUAAGUGCACAAAUAAAUGGAGUGAAAAAUUAACAGCCAGAUUUUUUGCUUCAGAAUCCGCAGAACACAAUAUCAGCAAACGAAAAAAAAAGUUUGUUUGAAUAUAUUUAUGUGAUGCAUCGAAUACCAAAACAGCAGAUAUCGCUUUUAAAAUCUUAAGAACAACUGUUGUACAUAUGUAUUGAACAAUAAAGUAUUAUAUGUCGGGUCACAUGGCAUAACUAUUA